GCGAGAUCUCGAAGUUUUUGGUGCUUAUGGCGAUGAGAAAGUCCCCCCAGAUCGUCUCGUUAGCUUUCAUCUUGCACUCUGUAUCGUUCGCACUCGCAGUAGCAGCGGCGUUUCGAAUCACUCACGCCACUGCUCAAAGAGUUAGCGGAAAUGCCCAGACUUUCACCUGUGAGUUUCACCGGGCCACGACUCUUGGAGCCGCCUCCGCGAUUUUUCUCGCAGCCGGGCAGCUCUUUUUACUUCUUUCCACCAAAUGUAGGUGCUGCCCGUGCCCUCCCAAGGCAAAGGUUGCAAACAUUUGCACUAUCAUCCUUUGUAUCUUCUCAUGGACGAUGUUUCUCUUCGCGGAGAUCUUCAUUCUUGUGGGUUCUUCGCGAGUAAAUUUAUCGAUGAAAAAAGUGAAACGCACUUCAUUCCACGACUGUAAGGCUGCCCGGCAAGAGAUAUUUGGGAUCGGUGCGGCUUUCGCUUUUCUCACCGCGAUAGCUUCCAUGGCUUACUAUGUCUGCUACAACAAGGCGGCGCAGAGGAUUCUCCAUGCUGCUGGCCCCGUGUAG